GACUCACUUUACGGCACUGUUUGAUCACCAGCGCGGGAUUUGUAAACAAAGUUAAACCGAGCCAAAUAAGUCGCUUUUAUUUCGAAAAUUAUUAAUAAUUAAUCUUUUAUCUUAAUUUAAAAAAAAUAUAUUUUAUGUUGGUAGUUGGAAGUGAGGAGAUGUGGGUUUUAGUGGUUUGUUCAGAUCUGUUUGGGCUGUGACACACUGUACAGCUAGCACGUUAGCUAACAUGCUAAACCUGUCAUGGGGAGAAAGUGGCAUUCGAUUUUGUAAGUGUGGAUAGGUAUGCUAGUUGUGCAUCUCUUGGGCAGACAUCUACUGCAUCGAGCCGGAGUACAGAGGGUAGUACUCCAAAAGUGUCGCCUUGCCACUCAGAUUGGACUGGAUGUGGAGACACUUACAAAAAUGAAUCGAAAUCGAGCUCAGAUCAAACGGGUCCUGUGUGUUGCAGAGAAAAAUGAUGCAGCUAAAGGCAUCGCAGAAAUUAUGUCCAGUGGCAGAUCUAGGAGGAGGGAAGGGCUGUCAAAGUUUAACAAGAUCUACGAGUUUGAAUAUCAGUUAUUUGGGCAGAAUGUUACUGUAACAAUGACUUCUGUGUCCGGUCAUUUGUUGGGUUUAGAAUUUAAGUCACCGUUUCAGAAAUGGCACAGUUGCAACCCAGUAUUGCUGUUUGAUGCUGAGGUGGAGAAAUACUGCCCUGACAACAUGAUUCAAAUAAAGCGGACAUUGGAGAAAGAAGUAAAGCAAUGCCAGGCCCUGAUUAUCUGGACAGAUUGUGAUCGUGAAGGAGAAAACAUUGGUUUUGAAGUCAUUGAUGUUUGCAAAGCAGUGAAAGCUAAUAUUCAGGUCUAUCGGGCUAAAUUCUCUGAAAUUACACCCAAUUCAAUUAGAAGAGCCUGUGAGACUCUGACUGAGCCAGAUGUGAAUGUCAGCGAUGCUGUGGAUGUGCGCCAGGAACUGGAUCUACGGAUAGGGGCAUCCUUCACACGUUUUCAGACAUUGCGACUACAGAAGAUCUUCCCAACAUCUCUGGCAAAUCAACUGAUCUCAUAUGGAAGUUGUCAGUUUCCUACUCUGGGUUUUGUGGUAGAGCGGUUUAAAGCAAUACAGGCUUUUAUUCCAGAGACCUUCUUCAAGAUUAAAGUGAUCCAUGAGUUUGAAGAAGAUAGAGUGGAGUUCAGCUGGAAAAGAAACCGUUUGUUCAACCACACUGCAUGUUUAGUUCUCUACCAAAUCUGUAUGGAGGAUCCCAUGGCAACAGUCACUUCAGUAACGAGCAAACCAAAAAGCAAAUGGAGGCCACUGCCUUUGGACACUGUGGAACUUGAAAAACUUGCUUCACGAAAAUUAAGAAUAAAUGCAAAAGAAACUAUGAAAAUUGCUGAGAAGCUUUAUACUCAGGGGUUCAUCAGUUACCCCAGAACAGAGACCAAUAUUUUUCCUGCAAACUUAGCCCUGGCUCCUUUGGUUGAACUGCAGACUCAAAGUGAAGCUUGGGGAACGUUUGCCCAGCGUGUCCUUGAUCAACCUGGGGGUCCCAAUCCACGUCAGGGCAAGAACUCUGACCAGGCCCACCCUCCCAUCCAUCCCACUAAGUUCACAACCAUUCUCCAGGGAAACGAAGGCCGUGUGUAUGAGUUUAUUGUCCGACACUUCCUGGCCUGUGUGUCCCAGGAUGCUUUGGGACAGGAGACAGUGGUGGAAAUUGACAUUGCUCAGGAGAAGUUUUCAGCUUCAGGACUCAUGAUUAUUGCGAGAAACUUUCUGGAUGUUUACCCCUAUGACAAAUGGAGUGCCAAGGUUAUUCCAGUUUAUGAACAAGGAUCUCAGUUUCAGCCGACUGCUAUUGAGAUGUUGGACGGCAAUACAAGUCCUCCACAGCUCCUCACUGAGGCUGACCUGAUAUCCCUGAUGGAGAAACAUGGCAUUGGCACAGAUGCAACCCACGCAGAGCACAUAGAGACCAUAAAGAGCAGGAUGUACGUGGGACUCACAGCAGACCAGAGGUUUCUACCUGGAGAACUAGGAAUGGGGCUGGUGGAAGGUUAUAACUCCAUGGGCUAUGAGAUGUCAAAACCAGACCUGCGAGCCGUACUAGAAGCAGACCUCAAACUGGUGUCAGAAGGGAGGAAGGAUAAACGAUCUGUACUGCAGCAUUAUAUUCAAAAAUACAAAUCCGUGUUCAUCGAGUCUGUUAGAAAAGCUAAAAAAUUAGAUGAAGCCCUGUCUCCGUACUUGGGAGCAGCUCAGACAAUCACAGAAGAGGAGCAGCAGGAUCUGGAGAUGCCUCUGCCGGUCAGGAAAUGUCCCAACUGUGGCCGUGACAUGGUUCUCAAGAAGAAGCGUGAAGGAACCAAUAAGUACCUCUCCUGCACUGGGUAUCCCGCCUGUAAGACCGCUGUGUGGUUCCCUGAUAUGGUCCUGGAGGUCAACAGAGACGAGAGCAUCUGCCCGACAUGUCAGCCACGUCCUGUUCACAUGCUGAAGUUUAAGUUCCGCAGGGGCAGCCUUCCACCUAUGAUGCCUUUGGAGUUUGUGGGUUGCAUUGGAGGUUGUGAUGAGACACUGAGAGAAGUAUUGGACUUGAAGUACCUCAGAGCCGGGGGAGGAGGCGGUAGAGGAGCAAACCCCCAUUCAGCUCCUUCUAGAGCUGCACCCACAAGAACAGCACCCACCAGAGCAGCACCGUCAGGCCCAACACCCACCAGAAACACAAACCCUCAUCCUUCGCCCACUAUGGCAGUGUCCUCUUGGACUCCUCCGCCUCAACCUCCACCCGGUGGCUCUAUUAAUGGUAGAACCAGCAGUAAUGAUGCUGUUGUUUGUAACUGUGGACAAGACGCAGUCCUUUUAACAGUUCGGAAAGAAGGUCCCAACCAAGGGCGCCAGUUUUACAAAUGCAGUGCUGGGAGCUGUAACUUCUUCUUAUGGGCCAGUGAAUGUUCUCAGCAGGGAUCCUCAGCACUGCCCCCUCCCAGGACCAGCCAGUCCAGGCCCUCUCUUGGUUUUAGAAAUGCCCCUGGGGAUGGCAGCAGGCCCAGAGGCUCAGGGGACCAUGGAGGAGAGAUCACGUGUAACUGUAACGACGCAGCGGUUACACGGACAGUACAGAAGGACGGUCCCAACAAGGGCAGGAUGUUCCACACAUGUGGGAAGCCCAGAGAGCAGCAGUGUGGCUUCUUCCAGUGGGCUGACGAAAAUGUACCUCCAUCAGGUGCUUUUGGCAGUGGAUUUAACAGUGGAAGCAAAAAUAACAGAGGUGGAAAUGCGAGAAAGAAAACAGGAGAUGCGGGUGAAAACAGAGCUCCUGCUGCUAAGAAGCCGCGUAACUGUGGUAUCUGCCACCUGCCCGGACACACCCGUGUCACCUGUCCAGAGCGAUGACGCAACCUGGGUUUUCAACUCAUUUUAGCAGACACAGAAGUGCCUCCAGUACGUCUAUCAUUCAACGCUCAUAACUGUAGUCAGUAUAUGCACCAAAGCUCCUGCAUCAGUGUGGACAGAGGGAAGAAACUGCAAAACUCUAACUGUAUAUAAGGCUCAUGGUGUGUUUAGACCAACAGAUGAAAAAACACUUAAUACUAUUGCAAAUAAACUGUUAAAUGUUUAAAUGU